AUGAUUGAUGAUUUAGAAUAAACUUUGUAUAAUGACUUAAAAUAAGCAGGUUCUUCUAGAAUCUCAGAUUCGUUUAGACCGUAACUGAUUCACUUAGAUAUGUAAGACAUACCUUUUAAGGAGAACUCUGAAUCAGAUUCAAUACCAUAAGUAAAUUCAAUACAGAACCUUCGUUUUAAAGAUAUUAGUAUUUCGAAGAGCAAAAAUAAAGAUAUGUAUUCAUUGAAGAGCUUCCAAUAUUAAAAUAAUUUCUUAGAUAAAAACGAUAAGCAAGGGCAUCAAAGAAAUAGUGGGAUAACUAAAAUGUUGGCGAUCAACAAUCUCGCAAAAUAGUUUAUAGAGAAAUUAAAAAAGAAGGCUUAUAUAUUUCCAAGUGUCCUUGGGGAGCAAAUAAGAGAAAAUUUAAGAGAGGUUAUGCUCAAAAAAAAAAAUUGGAAAAAGAUAAAAUAAAUGCAGACUUCUGAAGAGAGUGUUAAAAAUUAGAUUUUUAGAAAGCUGCCUGUCUUUAAUCCUGCAAGUAAAGUGAUGUUAAUAUGGGAAUUUUUUAGAGCUCUUUAAUUAACAAUAUUAUUGUGGUGGUUGCCAUUUAAGAUAGCCUUUACUCCAUCUUAGAGCAGAAAUAUUGAUGCCUUUGAGAGUGCUUUAACUUACAUAUUUGCAGCAGAUUUAGUAAUUAAGUUUAAUAGAGGUAUUUUUGAUUAAGGUAAAUUGAUAAAAAAUAGAAUUAGCAUUUUGAAACAUUACGUUUCAAAUGAAAUGCAUGAAGACAUAAUAUAUUUUAUUACCUUAAUAUUUGUCAUAAGUGAUAUAGGAAUAAGAGCUAGUGGGUUUUAGGAAGUUAUAGUACUGGUACAAUUUGGUUUGAAUUUUAUUAAAUUGAAGAAAUACUUAACUAAAUAUGAAGAAACCUUUGUUGAAUCUUCAAUACUCACUGAGAUAGUAAAGUUAAUAUAAUUGAUAAUUAUUACUUUUUAUUUUGCCCAUUUUAUGGCAUGUAUUUGGUAUUAUGUUGGAGUCAAAAGUUCAGAAUUGAAUGAGAUAUCCUGGACUCAAGAUCCAAAGUUUGAUGAUGCUGGUAUUUUAUCGAUGUAUGUGUAUUCAUUUUAUUGGGCAACAACCACAAUGGUAACUGUUGGAUAUGGAGAUAUAUCAGGUAAGAAUAUUUACGAAGUAUUAUGUGCCAUUGUGCUCAUGAUAUUUUCAAGUGGAAUCUUUGCCUUCUCUAUGAAUCAAAUUGGGUCAAUAUUUACAAAUAUGGAUGUCUAAAAAUAACAAUAUAAGAGAACUUUAUUGCUGAUUAAUGAAUACAUGAAUAAUAAUCAGGUUGCAGAAUAACUCCAGGGUCGAAUUAGAAAUUAUUUAAAGUAUCAUUAUCAUAAAUAAGAAAAACUUUAUAAAAAUGAGAUAAGUGGUAUCAUAGAAAAAUUACCAACUACAUUAAAAUCAGAAUUAAUUCAAGAUGUAUAAUUUAGAGUUAUGUAAUGCAUUCCUUUUUUUAACAAAAACUUUUCAGAAGAAAUUCUCCCUUAAAUUGCUUGUGAAUUAAAUCUUUAAUCGUACACGCCAAGAGAAAUCAUCUAUCAAUAAAAGUAAAUAGAUGAGUGUAAUAUCUUCAUUGUAUGGAAAGGAGAAGUAAAUUUAAUUGAUGACAACUCAGGGAAAGUACUCAAAAAGUUUACAACUGGAUAGUGCUUUGGAGAAUUAGAAUUUUUGACUAAUCAAAAGAGAUUAGGUACUGCAAUCAGCUGCGAUUUCAGUCAAAUCUAUUAUAUAUCUAGGAAUUAAUUUUUGAAAAUACUGAAUUCUUAUAAUAAUGAUUUUUAAAAAUUUCAUUUGUUGAAGGAUUAAAUUUUAUUUCAUUAUCAUUCUUCUACUAUUGAGUGUUAUUGUUGCCAAGAAUCCCAUUCUAUUUGGAAAUGUCCUUAUAUACACUAUAAACCUGAUUUAGAAAGAGUGAUCAAGAAGAGUUUCUUUUAAGAUUCUUUUUAAGAACGCUCUUAAUUCAAAAGAAAGGCAAUUCGUUAAGGUGUUUAUUAUUAAGAGAGUCUAAUGUAAAGCUCAAAGCAUAUCAAAACAUCCAAUGAUUUAGACAAUGCGACUGGAGGAGAUAUCCAACAAAUAGGAUCUAUAAAUGAAUCAAAUGAAUCAGCUGAAGAAAGUGUUAAAUAUGAAAAAAAAAGUGAUUAGAUUUUGACUUUGUCCUAUGGUUUACCUAGUGAAAAUAGGAGAAUAAGUCAAAGAUCAAAAUUUAUCCCUGCAUCUCCACUUAGAACAGAAUCUCCAUUAAAAAAGCCCACUGAUUUUCUUCGGUAUGGUUAAAGACCAAGGAAAAGCUUUUUCUAUGCUGAAUAAAGUGCUUUUAAUGCUAACUUAACAAAACGUCAUGAACCUAUUUAAAAAACUGCAUCUUUAGGUUAAUAGUAGAAUUUAAUCAAAUAAUCAUCUAAUUACGAAAAUGAUAACAAUCCUGAACCAUUAAAUAUAAUAGAAGGAUUAGAUAAAAUGAUAAUUUAUUCUCAUUAUUUUCCAGAUAAUAAUUUUGACAAGAUCAUAGAAUCUUUCUUAAAAUACAUAAAAAAAUUUAGAUUAAGUCGACAAUAUAUGAUUCCAAGCAAAUAUUCUUUUGUAAGGCUAUAAAAAUAUGAUAAAAUGAAAUCCUAAUGGAAAAAACCACUUAGUUUUAAAUAACAUGAUUUUAUACGAUGA